AUGGUGAAAGUCAUUGAAGCCGCAGUUAACUGGGGAAUAGGGAAGCUUUGGACUCCCAAAUCAGGUGAUGAGCCUCCGAAAUUCACUGAGAAGUCAAUCCUGAUUGCCGUCAUGGGAAUGACUGGGGCAGGAAAGACAACUUUCAUCAGCAAGACUACAGGCGUGGAAAUGGAGAUUGGCCAUGGUCUGAAGUCAUGCACCAAAGAAGUCCAGAUCGCAAGCAUUACCCUGGACGGACGAGACGUGCAUCUCAUUGACACCCCGGGCUUUGAUGACACUGAGCUUGACGACACUGAUAUCCUCAUCAGAAUUGCCAACUACAUGACGACAUCUGUUCGGUUAUCAGGUAUCAUAUACUUAUACCCCAUGACUGCUCGCCGAGUUGGCGGAGUAGCGGCGAAGAACCUGACCAUGUUUCGGAACUUGGUUGGUGACAGUAACAUGAGAAACGUGAAGCUGGUAACGACCAUGUGGGAUGACAUCACAGCCGAACAAGGUGAAAGUCGCCUUGAAGAGCUCACCCGCGACUUCUGGGGCGUAAUGACUGCGGCUGGAGCACAAGUGGAUAGGUGCAAUGAGGCGGCCAAAGAUGGCCAUCGCAUCAUCCGGUCUAUUAUGAAUACAUCGCCUGUGACCCUGCAGUUGCAAAGCGAGAUGCAACAAGGUCUUCGUCUGGAAGAGACGGCUGCUGGAAAGAUCGUGCGAGGUCAAUUGGAGGAACUUGAAGCAAAGUAUGCAAGAGACGUAGGCGAGCUUCGCAAGAAGCUUGAUGAUGCUACUACGCAUGGGGAGUUAUUGGCAGCCGUACGAAUGGAGUACGAGCACAAGUUGCGUAAGCAGCAGGAAGCGGCAGACCAAAAGGUAAAGCUGCAUGAAAUAGAUAUUAAGAAUUUGAAGGAGAAGGUCGAAGAUCUCGAGAAGAAGAGCAAGGAAGGAGGAUGUUGCAUAAUGUAA